AUGGCGUCCGUCUACAAAUCCAUCUCGAAAAAGAAGCUAGAGCGCCCUGUGGCUGAGGACGACGAGGAUAUCGAUAUGGAGGAUCUGCUUGAUGAGGAUCUCAGCGAUGAUACCGACAGUGACGAAGAAGAUGAUGAAGAAGAAGAAGAUGAGGAAGAGGCUGGUGGAGUCAGAGUCAAUGGAGCCAAAAGCGAUGGGACGAUGCCCAAGAGCCGUGUUCUGAUGCUCACCUCGAGAGGAGUUACGCACCGACAACGACAUCUUCUUUCCGACAUGACCGCACUGCUUCCUCACGCACACAAGGAGAAUAAAUUGGACACAAAGAAGAGCGGCGGAUACAACAAUCUUCUCAACUCUCUUGCCGAACUGCACUCGUGCAACGUCGUCUUUUUCCUCGAGGCUCGCAAACGCGGCCAGGAUUUGUACCUGUGGCUGGCACGCCCACCCAACGGCCCCACGAUCAAAUUCUCCAUCACCAAUUUGCACACCAUGGGCGAAAUGGGUACGGGCUUUGCAGGAAACUGUCUCAAGGGUGGCCGCGGUAUUGUUGUUUUCGACAAGUCGUUUGAUGCAAAUGGACCAGAGGUUGGGUCUGCCAAUGGUACAGAGUAUCGGGGCCUCAUUAGGGAGAUGCUGCGCAAAGUCUUUUGCGUGCCCAAGCGCGGCGUCAGAGGUAUGAAGCCGUUUGUUGAUCGUAUUAUUGGCAUUUUUGGUGUCGAUGGGAAGAUCUGGAUCAGAGUUUAUGAGAUUCGAGAGUCGGACAGCAACUCCAAGAGCAACAAGCCUGAAGAAGCAGACGGGAAAGAAAAGAAGGAUGAUGAGAAAAAGAAGCCCAAGUCAUCGUCCAAGAGCAAGGAUGGCUUGCCCGAUGUCUCGCUCGUCGAGGUUGGCCCCCGCCUUGUCUUGACCCCGAUCGUUAUUCUCGAAGGUAGCUUUGGUGGACCAGUCAUCUACGAGAACAAGGAAUAUGUCAGUCCCAACCAAGUCCGUCGCGACGUCCGUCUUGAAAAGGCAAGCCGCUACGCCCAGCGCCGGGAUACACAGACGGAUCAUUUGGCCAAAAAGUCGACAUUGGGCUUGGGCCGAGAAGGGAAGAAGAGAGAUGCGCUGGACACGAGAGAAGUGUUUGUUUUCCGUUCUUGCGAUUCGAUUUCCGACGUCCUGCACCUGGCCGCCACCAACCACCGGCUUCAUCGCGUUCUGGCCUCGUCAUCAAAGCUGCCGAUCCUCAUGAGAGUCGCCAAUACCGAAUUCGGCCCCUUGCACGAUAUCAUCCAGAUAGUAACCCAGAACGCGAGCCAACCGGCACAUCUUGUGCGUGAAGCAUCUCUAUCCGAUGCCCUCUUCAAACAGAUCGUCCAAGUUGGCCGCGUUGCGCAGAAAUGGGAAGCGAUAUACCCCGUGAAGAAAUGGAAAAACGAUUACGAAUAUCGUCGCCUGUUGACCAGCGAAGAGCGGUUUCGGUUGCGUCGCGCAAUCUAUCGGCUGUGGCUUUAUAAUCGUUCCUUUCAUGUCGAUCAGUUUGAUCGCUUUUCGCGCCGGUUGCGAAAUGUCGUGGUGGAGAGGGCGCAGUUGUUGCAUAAUUGGUCGACGGAGGAGCUCGCUGAGAUUGAGGAUGUGCGCAUGGUGAUUCGAGAUGUUGUGCAGAACCAUAUUUGUCCGAGUAACGGCAAUAUUCAGCGCAAGUUUCACAAACGAUAUCCGGAAAACGUGCACCCGCUGUCGUUUAACAUUCAUCUCAACUAUCGUCCCCCUGAGCGGUCUGGUUUAUCUAGCGGUACUGGUAGUAGUAGUAGUUACUUUGGCCGGUUCGAGAACAACAACAACAGUCCAAUAACAACAACCCACGACAACAACAACAACAGCACCGCAUUUUAUCACACUCACUACAGCCCUGCUUCUUCAUCCCUACCCAAACAGUCCCUAGCAUCCAAACUCCGCUCCGACCCCUUCCACGAUCCCGGCCAAGAAGGCUGGGGCGACGAGAUUCCGCACUACUACAUUGUGCAAGACAUGCUCAAGCUCGACCCUGCCCAAAUCCUGUGGCUGCGUGACCAUGCCCCGCUCAAGGAACAUGUCGAAGAUUAUGUGCAGUCCCUGGGUGACUGGUUUCGAAAUAAUGGCGAGACGUUUACCGAUACCUUGGUGUGGGUGAUGAAUGAGCGUGGUGAGAAUGCAGAGGAGUUUAAGAUGGCGAUUGAAGAGCGUGAUUUGGGUAUUGUUGCGUGA